UGAUUUUGACUAAAAAAUUCAGAUUUCUUUUUAUUUAUUUAAUAAAUUUAAAAAGAGAGAAACAGAUGUCAUUCUCUAUUAAAAGUAAUUAGAUUGAUAAAUAGAUAGAUAGACAGAAAAGCAGAUCAAACAAAGUGAUAUAUAUUUAUAAAACUAUUAAUCAAAGAAAGGAAAGUCAUAAAAAAAAUAAUAAUAAAUUAGAAGAAAUAAAUAAAUAAAUUUUGAAAAAAUAAUAAUUGCAUUAAAUUUAAAAAAUGUCUCGCCCAUAAACAAAGCUUUAUGUUGCCAAAUUCGGUAACAACGUAGGUAGAAAAGAAAUCGAAGAAACUUUUGGUAAGUAUGGUGAUAUCUAUAGUUGCAAAGUAAAUGACCGUGAAGGUUAUGCAACUGUAUCUUACAAAUAUUAAGAUUAAGCUGAUAAAGCUAUUUCAAAACUUAAUGGAUCUGAUGUUUUAGGUGGAAGUUUAUUGGUAGAACAUACUCUCAAGAAGAGCAGAGAUGAUGACCAUAGCAGAUAUCCCAGAGACAGCAGAUAUGGUAACAGCAGUUAUAGAGAUCAAAAUGGAUACAGAGGAGGUCCUUAAAGCUCUUCUCGUUAUGGUGGAGAUCGUGGUCGCAGUAGUGGAGAUAGAGAUAGCUACAGAAGAGGAACUAGUGGACCACCUAGAACUGAUAAAGAAAAAUAUAUGAAGGAAGGUUUAUGCUUCACCUGCAAGGGAUAAGGUCAUAUCUCUAAAAAUUGUCCUGAAGCUAGAAACGGUGGAAGUGGAAGAGACAGAAGAGACUCUAGAGGCGGAAGAGUUAAUGGAUUUAGACCUGAUAGAGAAAGAAGACCUUAUAGAGAAAGAAGUAGAAGUAAUGAUAGAAGCAAGGGCAAGAGCAGAAGAGACAAUAGCAGAAGCAGAAGCCCUCAUGAUAAGUAUGCUGACAAGGAUAGAAAGAGAAGAUCAAGAAAGCACUCUAGAAAGAGCAGUUCUUCUAGCAGCCACUCAGGAAGAUCUAAUUCUAGAAAGGACAGAAAGAGAUCUGAAUCUUCCUCUUCUCAAUCCUCUAGAUCAAAUUCUAAUUCUAGCCGCUCUAAUUCAGCAAGCGUUAAUAAGUAAUAAAAUGGAGAUAUGAAAAUGAACGGCAACAUGAAUGACUAAAUUAAAGAUAUGAAUGUUUCUCAAUGAAGAUCAUUUAAUCAAAAUAAAACAAUAUAAAUAAAUAAUUGAUUCUUUCAUCUCAUAAAUAAGAUAUAAUAUCAUAAUAUAAUUAAAACUAUAUACUUUGAAGAGUCUUGGUGUUUUUAGUAAUUUCAUUCAUAAUAAAUAUACCUCGAGUGCUCAUAUAGUACCUUUAAGCCUAUUAUAUAUCUAUCUAUCCUUCAUUAUUAGUUAUGGAACAGAUAUUACAAGUAGAUUUGAAGAGAGUAAGAAUAUAAGCAAAGCUAUAAACAGAUAAAGCCAAUAAACUAGUAAGCAGUAAAAGAAAGCAAUAAAUUAAGUGAGAUGCAUAUACAUUAAGGCAGAAAAAAUAAUAACGAAUAAAAUGCUUAAGUUUAUCAACCAUAAAUUGUAGUUCAAACAAACAAACAAAAAAAUGUAAUCAAACGAAAAAAUAAAAAAAUAAGGUUUUAAUUCUUCUCUUUUUAAACAAACCUCAAACUCUCUUUCUAAAUACUUUAAUCAUCUAAAUUCUAUUAUCACCAUUAUUAUCAUUAUUAUUAUAAUAUAUUUAUAUUUUUUUUUUGAGAAAGUAUAAAAUAAUUUUAUUGUGAUGUUUUUUGUUCCUUAUUAUUAUGUGAGACUCGAUCUAUGCAUGAAUGAAUUACUAUUAUUUUGAUUGAAAUUCAGAAUUGUGUUCAGAUUAGAGUUUGUUCCAGCUGAAAUAUGAGAUUGAUUGAUUGAAAUUAUGAAUGAAAUGAUUUGAAAUUGAAUUCAAAAUGAAAAAAUGAUUGAUUGUGUUGUUGAUAAGUUUUUUGUGACAGAUUUCAGAAUUAUUGUGAAUUUUGUGGAAAAUUAAGGAAUUUAUUAGAUUUUUUCAAAGAAAAGAUAAUUUUCAUGCAUGUUGGUUGGUUGGUUGAAAAAGAAUGAUUUGUAAUUGAAGAAAUAAUUUGAUUAGAUUUGUAAAGAAAAAUUACAUUGGAGAAAUAAAAGAGAAAAUCAGAUUUUACAGAAAAAAUUAAAUUUAUCCAGAAAAAAUAUUAUUUUAAAGAGAGAUUUGUUCAUAUUAAUUAUUCAAUCAAGCAAGUCUAAAAUUUACAAAUAUGAAAUGAAAGAAAGAAAGAAAGAAAUAAAGAAAUAAAGUAAGUUUUAAAAAAAUAUUACUCUAACCAAAUAUUUUAGGUAUGAAAUCAAAUAAAUUUUAUUCAUAAAAGGCAUAUUAUUAAAUUGUAUUUAUUUUUAUAAUUUAGGACAAAUUUUGUUGGGAGAUUAUCCUUUUUAAAUUUAUUUUAUUUAAAAUAAUUUAAAUCUUUUCCAAAAA